AUGGUCGGUGAUGUUGGAGGAAGAAAGAAAAGACGAAAAGAAAAAGUUAAAACAAGAAGAGUAAUAAUUGAGAAAAGCGGAAAAGUCGCAGCAGCAUCGGUAAUCGAUUGUUGUCAACAGGAAGUUUUUCUUUCCGUACUAUUCCGUUCUUUUCGAAGGAAGACGAUUGUUUUAUUUCGGGAAUUGGGUUGUGAAACUUUGAAACUGCUUGAGAUCUCAGUGGUGAUAACGAUUAUCGAUUAUUUCAGGAAUAUAUGUCCUUCAACAUUUUGGGAUGAAGCAGAAUUGGCUAGAUUAAACUUGUCGUUUAGUAAUUGCGCAAAUGUAACAGAAAACGAGAAUAAUCGAGUACUUUUUGAAUACUAUUCUGGCGGAAGUAAAAAGGCCUACGACAGUUUAUAUUUCUCUCUGCUUGUUAAUGUUUUUAUGCCGAAAAUUAGUGGUUUAACUUUAUUCUGA